ACUUCCUUUCAGUUGUGUCUAGGAGAAAUAUCUAAGGCUAAGGCUAUUAUUCUCCAUUGUCUUUAUAUUAUUUUCUGAGUAUUAUCACAUGAAAAUAUUUUAGGAGAUGGAGAAUGAAGAUGGCUAUAUGGUCCUGGAUUCCAAGAAUCGUUUCAAAUCCAGCUCUAAAGAAUGUUCCCUGUAUCCACCGUAUUAUUGUCUUAUGCUAGUAUGUGGCUGCAUUGGGAUCCUUAUUAUCAUGAUCACACUGAUUUGCCUGAACUUUGGGGAGGAAAAAAAGGAUUUCUCCCAGAAAGUAAAUAUCAGCCGUCUAGCAGGAAAUAAUCAUGUGUGCCCAAAAGACUGGCUGCUGAACCAAGGGAAAUGCUACAGGUUUUCAAUGCCUUCCAAAACUUGGAAUGAGAGUAAACAUGAUUGUGUGUUCCUACAGGCACAUUUACCGGUGAUCCAAAGUUUGAAAGAGCUGGAGUUCAUACAGAAGAGUUUAAAACCUGGAAAUCCUGCUUGGAUUGGACUAUAUAUUGCAUCCCCAGGAAAACAAUGGAUGUGGAUAAAUAAACACCUUUUUGUGGAAGAAAACAAUUUUCUCAUGAUUGGAUCAACGGAUCACACAAGCUGUGCUGUCGCAACAAGAAAUCAGGUGUAUUCUGAAGACUGUAACUCCAACUUUAAUGGCAUUUGCCAAAGAGAUGCUGUCUGAACAACAAAAACAAAUCUGUGCAUUUAAACAAAGAUUUGAAGAAAAUGCAUAUGGAUAAUAGUGCCUAUCUUUUUUUUUUUUUAGCGGAAUGCAAAUUUGUUUCCUUUCUAUACUAUUAAAAAACAAAAUUCGACUGAGGAAAUUUAAAGAUAUAAUUGGCAUUAUUCAAUGAUUCGUGAACUGGGUAGCAUCCCACCAAGCAAGUAAAAAAAAGAGCUCCAAUGAGCUACAGAGAAGGAAAGGCUUUUUAAAGGCAUACAGGGGUGACAGAAGGAAAUCAGAAACAAUAAAAAGAUUAUUUGGGGCAAGGUCACCUUUCUUUGGGGCAUGAAAAUGGGCCAUCAGGUGGAUUGCCUUAUUAGGGUUGACCAGAACAUUCUUGACUGACCAGUUAAGAUUGUAUUCUUGGGGAGAUCCAAGCUGCAGUUAGAUUAGGUAUUAAGUUUUGGUUUCAUGACAGGUGCUUAGCAUGAAUGACUCCAUUUUGGGCCUGUUGUCUCUAUUUUCACAGUACAAAUGUAAAAUUUUCAAAUAUUCCGUAUAGAAAUAAUACUUCAAAAUAAGGAAAUAUGACUUAUUUUUAAACAAGAAAACACUCUUUCCUAUUGUUUCAAUGUCUAAAAAGAUAAUUAAAUUUCAACUUGUAAUCCUGCCUUAUUCGUUGUCUCUGUCCUAUUGGGUUUGAAAUCCUGAGCAUUUGGUGAAGAAAUAGCCUAAGCAGACAGAUAGACCGUUUUUUUUCUUCAUGGUGGGCCUUUUCCCCAAGGUUGUUUUCCAAUUUUUAUCAAAAAGAAAUCAAACUUUCAACUGGUGAUAAAGGACUCAGAUGUUGUAAGCAUGAGAUGUCUAUUUGAGGUAAUACACAAUCUUGUUUUCAAGGUGAUUCCACAAUUUAUUUUCCUUUAAUCAAAUUUAUAUUAAAAUUAUUAUGCUAUGAA